UGCACAAAGUAUCGUUUAGCUUGCACAUCCAUCGCUCUUUUGCACACACGCUCGCAAACGGCACACGGUCCAAAUUCUUUUAGACGCGAGUUUAAACACAAUUUAAACGCAUUUAAAAUGGCUUUCGGUGAUGUUAAGACGCCUCAGGGCCUCAAGGAGCUGAACAACUACCUGGCCGACAACAGCUAUAUCAGCGGCUACACCGCCAGUAAAGCCGAUUUGUCCGUGUUCGAUGCUCUAGGCAAGGCACCAGCUGGGGAUUAUGCACAUGUUACACGCUGGUAUCGCCACAUUGCCUCCUUCGAGGCCGGCGAACGUGCUGCUUGGAGCGGUGCUCCUCUGCCACAAUUGGCUGGCGGCAAACCAACCGUUGCAGCCCCCGCUGCCGAUGAUGAUGAUGAUGUGGAUCUGUUUGGCUCCGAUGACGAGGAUGAUGCCGAGGCUGAGCGCAUCAAGGCAGAACGCGUUGCUGCCUAUGCAGCGAAGAAGUCAAAGAAACCCGCCCUCAUUGCCAAAUCAUCGGUGCUGCUGGAUGUGAAGCCAUGGGACGAUGAGACCGAUAUGAAGCAGAUGGAGCAACAUGUGCGUACCAUCGAAAUGGAUGGCUUGUUGUGGGGCGCGUCCAAAUUGAUGCCAGUUGGCUAUGGCAUCAAUAAGCUGCAGAUUAUGUGCGUCAUCGAGGACGACAAGGUGUCCAUUGAUCUGCUCCAGGAGAAGAUCGAGGAGUUCGAGGACUUUGUUCAGUCCGUCGACAUUGCGGCCUUCAACAAGAUCUAAGCAACGAUCCGAUCACGACUGAGUUUUUUAGUUUCUCUUUUCUUACUCAACACACAAAAUAAAACUCGAGCGUAGCUAAAGAAAA